UGUCUGUGUAUGACAGUGUGUGUAUGUGAGUGCGUGUGUGUUUCUUCAGAAGCUAAGCCAAAGAGAGAGGCUGUUCCUUUAAAGCAAAACUGAAAAAAAUGCCUUCAGGCAUCCUAUUACAGUGGAAUGAGCCAAGGAUCAGGAUUUGCAGCUCAGCUAUAUAAACCCAGCAGAAUCUGGCUGAUCUGACCAGUUUGCCUUACUGUCAAACGUUUCUUUCACACACACACACACACACACACUCACACAGAAUUAGGCAUCACAACUUCUCUGAGUUUUGACAGGACGGCAACAAAGUCAGAAGCUGAUAGCUGACUUUAACAUCUUUAUUUCAUGGAGGCUGCUCGCAGCAGGAUCUAAUCUCUGUCAGAGUCUGUAAGGGAACAAGCGUGACAGGAAAGGAAAGGAAACCCAACUUGGUUUGAACUGGCUCUUCAAUUUCUCCUCCAGACUAAAAAGGCCAAAUAAAUAUAAGACUCCAUCAGCUUUGAAAAGGAACUGAACGCCACAAUGGGACUCCCCACCCAGGUUUUGGCCUGUGCGAUCUUAGCUUUGCUGUACCAGCAUGUCAGUGGUGGACUCAUCAAGCGAAUUAUCCGGCAGAAGCGGGAGACUGGGCUAAACGUGACCUUACCAGAGGAUAGCCAGCCCCUGGUUUUUAACCACAUCUACAACAUUAAGUUGCCUGUUGGCUCCCUUUGCUCUGUGGACCUGGAUACAGCAAGUGGUGAUGCAGACCUGAAGGCAGAAAUUGAGCCUGUCAAGAAUUACGAAGAGCACACAGUGAAAGAUGAGAACCAGAUUGUCUUCACGCACCGUAUCAACAUCCCCCGCCGGGCUUGUGGCUGUGCAGCUGCCCCAGAUAUUAAGGAUCUGCUGAGCAGACUAGAGGAGCUGGAGGGGCUGGUAUCCUCCCUACGGGAGCAGUGUGCCAGCGGGGCUGGAUGCUGUCCUAAUUCCCAGACAGCAGAAGGUCGCCUGGACACGACACCCUAUUGCAGCGGACAUGGCAACUACAGCACUGAGAUCUGCGGCUGCGUCUGCGAGCCCGGCUGGAAAGGCCCCAACUGCUCCGAACCAGCCUGCCCGCACCACUGCUUCAACCGGGGCAUGUGUUUACAGGGCAAAUGCAUCUGCGACGAGGGCUUCACUGGUGAGGACUGCAGCCAGGCCUCCUGCCCUUCCGACUGUAACGACCAAGGCAAGUGCGUGGACGGGGUUUGUGUGUGCUUUGAGGGGUACACAGGCACAGACUGCAGCGAGGAGCUCUGCCCCCAUGGGUGCAGCGUGCACGGGAGGUGCGUGGGCGGGCGGUGUGUGUGCCACGAGGGCUUCACUGGCGAGGACUGCAGCGAGCCCCUCUGCCCCAACAACUGCCACAACCGCGGGCGCUGUGUGGACAACGAGUGUGUCUGCGAUGAGGGCUACACCGGCGAGGACUGCAGUGAGCUCAUCUGCCCCAACGACUGCUUCGACCGCGGGCGCUGCGUCAACGGGACCUGCUUCUGUGAGGAGGGCUACACCGGAGAGGACUGUGGGGAUCUGACCUGCCCCAACAACUGCAAUGGCAAUGGGCGCUGUGAGAACGGGCUGUGUGUCUGCCACGAGGGCUUCGUUGGGGAUGACUGCAGCGAGAAGAGGUGCCCGAAGGACUGCCACAACCGUGGGCGCUGCGUGGACGGGCGAUGCGUGUGCCAUGAGGGGUACCUGGGCGAGGACUGCGGGGAGCUGCGGUGCCCCAACGACUGUCACAACCGCGGACGCUGCGUCAAUGGGCAGUGCGUGUGCGACGAGGGAUUCAUCGGGGAGGACUGCGGGAAGCUGCGGUGCCCCAAUGACUGCAACAACCGCGGGCGCUGCAUCAACGGGCAGUGUGAGUGCCACGAGGGAUUCAUGGGGGAGGACUGUGGUGAGCUGCGGUGCCCCAACGACUGCAACAACCACGGGCGCUGCGUCAACGGGCAGUGUGUGUGUGACGAGGGGUACAUGGGAGAGGACUGUGGUGAGCUGCGGUGCCCCAACGACUGCCACAACCAUGGGCGCUGCGUGGAGGGACACUGUGUGUGUGACAAUGGCUUCACGGGAGAGGACUGCGGUGAGCUGUCCUGCCCCAAUGACUGCCACCAGCGUGGGCGCUGUGUCAACGGGCGCUGUGUGUGCCACGAGGGCUUCACUGGGGAAGACUGCCGUGAACGGUCCUGCGCCAAUGACUGCAACAACGUGGGCCGCUGCAUCGAUGGACAGUGUGUCUGCGAGGAUGGUUACAUGGGAAUCGACUGCUCUGAUGUGUCUCCUCCAACAGAGCUGACUGUAACAAAUGUAACAGAUAAAACUGUAAAUCUGGAAUGGAAGCAUGAGAAUCUCGUCAAUGAGUACCUUGUCACCUAUGUCCCUACCAGCAGUGGUGGCUUAGAUCUGCAGUUCACUGUACCAGGAAACCAGACAUCUGCCACCAUUCAUGAACUGGAGCCGGGUGUGGAAUAUUUUAUCCGUGUCUUUGCAAUCCUUAAAAACAAGAAGAGUAUUCCAGUCAGUGCCAGAGUAGCAACAUAUCUGCCUGCUCCAGAAGGUCUGAAAUUCAAAUCUGUUAGAGAAACAUCUGUCCAGGUAGAGUGGGAUCCUCUGAGCAUUUCAUUUGAUGGCUGGGAGCUGGUCUUCCGUAAUAUGAAAAAGGAUGAUAAUGGAGAUAUAACCAGCAGCUUGAAAAGGCCAGAGACAUCAUAUAUGCAGCCAGGCUUGGCACCAGGGCAACAGUAUAAUGUAUCCCUUCAUAUAGUGAAAAACAAUACCAGGGGACCAGGACUAUCCAAAGUGAUAACCACAAAGCUUGAUGCCCCUAGCCAAAUUGAGGCAAAAGAUGUCACAGACACCACAGCUCUGAUCACAUGGUCCAAACCCUUGGCUGAAAUUGAAGGCAUAGAGCUCACCUAUGGCCCCAAGGAUGUUCCAGGGGACAGGACUACCAUUGACCUCUCCGAGGAUGAAAACCAAUAUUCUAUUGGAAACCUGAGACCCCACACAGAAUAUGAAGUGACGCUCAUCUCUCGGCGAGGGGACAUGGAAAGUGACCCCAUGAAAGAAGUCUUUGUCACAGACUUGGAUGCUCCAAGAAACCUGAAGCGAGUUUCACAGACAGACAAUAGCAUUACUUUGGAGUGGAAGAACAGCCAUGCAAAUAUUGAUAAUUACCGAAUUAAGUUUGCUCCCAUUUCUGGUGGAGACCAUGCUGAGAUCACAGUGCCAAAGGGCAACCAAGCAACAACCAGAGCUACGCUCACAGGUUUGAGGCCUGGAACUGAAUAUGGCAUUGGAGUGACAGCAGUGAGACAGGACAGGGAAAGUGCUCCUGCUACCAUUAAUGCUGGCACUGAUCUUGAUAACCCCAAGGACUUGGAAGUCAGUGACCGCACUGAAACCACCCUGUCACUUCGCUGGAGAAGACCAGUGGCCAAGUUUGAUCGUUACCGCCUCACUUACGUCAGUCCUUCUGGAAAGAAGAAUGAAGUGGAGAUCCCUGUGGAUAGCACCUCUUUUAUCCUUCGAGGGUUAGAGGCAGGAACAGAAUACACCAUCAGUCUGGUGGCAGAGAAGGGCAGACACAAAAGCAAACCCACAACUGUCAAGGGAUCGACUGCUUCACGUAGUCUAACCCUAAUGCAGGCAAUGACUCCUGACCCAGAGGAGCUUUCUGGCUCUGGGAGCUUUGUUGCUCCAGAGAUCUCAGGGAUGGAGCAGGAUGCACUGAGGGACCUUGUGGUCUCAGGGGUUACAGACCACAGCCUUAGUGUCUCGUGGUAUGCGAACACAGGAGCCUACACUAGUUUUGUGGUGGAGUACAAGGAAGUGUCAUUGGCAGCCGGGUCCCCUGCAGAAAUCUUCCUUCCCAGAGAUUCCCUAGGUGCUGUGAUUGAAGGCCUCCAAGCUAACACGACCUAUAAAAUCAAGGUGUAUGGAUUGGCUGGAGAACAGCGCUCCCCUCCUCUGGAAGCUGUGGCUACAACAGCACAUCUAGUCACAACACCUGGAGAAUCAAACAGUGAAACAUCAUUUAAUCCUACCAGUCCUGCACCUACAGAGCUAAGUUAUUUAACAAACCUGAGUCCUGGUUCUCAUGCUCUGCCUGUGGUGCCCACUGACCUUCCCAUCUCAGAAGUCACUGAUGCUCUUCGUGACCUAAAUAUAACGCACAGGACUUCCAGUAGUUUCACCCUGUCUUGGGCAGCACAGGAUGAGGUAUUUGAUCAGUUCCUUAUCACUCUGAAAGACCUGUCCAGUUCAAACAGAAUGCAGGAAAUCUUUUUGCUGGGAAACCAACGAGAAACAGAAAUUACCAAUCUCACAGCUGGCACACAAUACCAGAUUAACCUCCGAGGAAGCACUCAAGGUCAGCUCUCUUGGUCCCUGGAAGCUCUAGCUGCUACAGAGGAAGAACCUGAGCUUGGAAAAUUAUCAGUAUCAGAGACUGGCUGGGAUGGUUUCCAGCUCACCUGGACAGCAGCUGACGGGGCCUAUGAGAACUUUGUCAUUCAGGUGCAGGAGGCUGACAACCCAGAAGAAACCCGGAAUAUCACGGUCCCAGGCAGACUGCGCUUUAUGAAUGUUACAGGCCUCAAGGCCAACACACCUUAUAACAUCACACUUUAUGGUGUGAUUAACGGCUACAGAACCAAACCCCUUUCUGUUGAAACUGCGACAGGGGUGCACCCAGAAGUUGGUGAGCUAACCGUUUCCAACAUUACUCCUGAAAGCUUCAACCUUUCUUGGACAACCAUCAAUGGGGACUUCGACGUCUUUACUAUUGAAAUUAUUGAUUCUAACAGGUUGCUGGAGCCCAUGGAGUUCAACGUCUCAGGCAAUUCAAGAACAGCUCAUAUCUCGGGGCUUUCCCCCAGCACUGAUUUUAUAGUCUACCUCUAUGGGAUCUCUAAUGGUUUCCGCACACAGGCAAUAAGCUCUGCAGCUACAACAGUAGAGGAACCUCUCCUUAGCAAACUCACUGUAUCAAAUGCUACCUCAGACACCAUGUUGCUCACGUGGGAGGCGCAGGACAAUGCCUUUGACCAUUUUAUUCUAGAAGUCAGAAACUCUGACUUCCCUUUGGACUCCCUGGUGCAAACAGUGCCAGGGGCCUCACGGCACUACGUAGUCACCAGCCUCAAAGCUGCCACUAAUUACACUAUCCAACUCCAUGGUGUAAUUGAUGGGCAAGGUGGUCAGACCUUGACAGAACUGGCAACCACAGAGGCUGAGCCACAGCUGGGCACGCUCACACUCACAAAUGUUACCCCUGACAGCUUCAACCUCUCGUGGACCACAAGAGAUGGGCCUUUUGCCAAGUUUGUUAUACACAUUAGAGAUUCCUAUGCAACACACGAGCCCCAGGAGCUUACGGUGUCAGGAGGUGCUCGCAGCGCUCACAUCUCAGGCCUGCUAGAUUACACUGGCUAUGACAUUAACAUUAAGGGCACUACCGAUGCAGGUGUUCACACAGAGCCCCUCACUGCUUUUGUCAUGACAGAGGCCAUGCCCCCACUGGAAAACCUAACUGUCUCUGAUAUUAACCCUUACGGGUUCACAGUGUCGUGGAUGGCAUCGGAGAAUGCCUUUGACAACUUUCUUGUAGUCGUGGUGGAUUCUGGCAAGCUGCUGGACCCACAGGAGUUCCUCCUUACGGGAGCCCAGCGGCAACUGAAGCUUAAAGGCCUUAUUACUGGCAUUGGCUAUGAGGUUAUGCUUUAUGGUUUUGCCAAGGGGCACCAAACAAAGCCCCUAAGCACUGUGGCCAUUACAGAAGCAGAACCCGAGGUCGACAACCUUCUGGUUUCAGAUGCUACUCCAGAUGGCUUCCGUCUGUCCUGGACUGCGGAUGAUGGGGUUUUCGACAGUUUUGUUCUAAGGAUCAGGGAUACCAAAAGGAAAUCUGAUCCACUGGAACUAAUAGUACCAGGCCAUGAGCGCACCCACGAUAUAACAGGGCUGAAAGAGGGUACAGAGUAUGAAAUUGAGCUCUAUGGAGUUAGCAGUGGACGGCGUUCCCAACCCGUAAAUUCAGUAGCAACCACAGUUGUUGGAUCUCCCAAGGGAAUCUCAUUCUCUGACAUCACAGAAAACUCUGCUACAGUCAGCUGGAUAGCCCCGCGCACCCGCGUGGAGAGUUACAGGAUCUCCUACGUCCCUGUCACAGGAGGUACUCCCAAUGUUGUUACAGUAGAUGGAAGCAAGACAAGGACCAAGUUGGUGAAGUUAGUCCCAGGUGUAGAUUAUAAUGUUAAUAUCAUCUCUGUGAAAGGCUUUGAAGAAAGUGAACCCAUCUCUGGAAUUCUGAAAACAGCUCUGGACAGCCCAUCAGGACUGGUGGUGGUGAACAUUACAGACUCGGAGGCUCUGGCAACCUGGCAGCCAGCAAUUGCUGCUGUGGAUAACUAUGUUGUCUCCUAUGCUUCUGAGGAUGAGCCAGAAGUUACUCAGAUGGUAUCAGGAAACACUGUGGAGUAUGACCUGAAUGGCCUUCGACCUGCAACUGAGUAUACACUGAGCGUCCAUGCGGUGAAGGACACACAAAAAAGCGAGACCCUCUCCACCCAGUUCACUACAGGAAUGGAUGCUCCAAGAGAUUUAAGUGCCACUGAGGUUCAGUCAGAAACAGCUGUGAUAACUUGGAGGCCUCCACGUGCUCCUGUCACUGGUUAUCUCCUGAUCUACGAGUCUGUUGAUGGCAAAGUCAAGGAAGUCAUCCUAGACCCUGAGACAACUUCCUACACCCUGGCAGAGCUGAGUCCAUCUACCCAGUACACAGUAAAACUCCAGGCACUGAACAGACCCCUGAAGAGCAGAACAAUCCAGACUAUUUUCACCACAACUGGUCUUCUCUAUCCUUAUCCUAAAGACUGCUCACAGGCUCUCCUGAAUGGAGAAGUCGCCUCUGGGCUCUACACAAUUUAUCUGAAUGGGGACAGGACCCAGCCUCUGCAAGUCUUCUGUGACAUGGCCGAAGAUGGGGGCGGAUGGAUUGUAUUCCUGAGGCGCCAAAAUGGAAAGGAAGAUUUCUACAAGAACUGGAAGAGUUAUGUGGCUGGCUUUGGAGAUCCUAAGGAUGAAUUCUGGAUAGGUCUUGAGAACCUCCACAAAAUCACUUCUCAGGGCCAGUAUGAACUGCGUGUGGAUCUGCGAGACAGAGGCGAGACAGCUUACGCUGUGUACGACAAGUUCAGCGUCGGGGACUCGAAGACCCGGUACCGGCUAAGAGUGGAUGGCUACAGCGGCACAGCAGGUGACUCCAUGACCUACCAUAAUGGCAGGUCCUUCUCUACCUUUGACAAGGACAAUGAUUCUGCUAUCACCAACUGUGCUUUGUCAUACAAGGGUGCAUUCUGGUACAAGAACUGUCACCGAGUCAAUCUGAUGGGCAGAUAUGGUGACAACAACCACAGUCAGGGUGUAAACUGGUUCCACUGGAAGGGCCACGAGUACUCCAUCCAGUUCGCAGAGAUGAAGCUGAGACCUUCAAGCUUCCGAAAUCUGGAAGGAAGACGAAAGCGAGCAUAAAGCCUUGGGGUGGUGAAAGGGCUACAAGCAGGGCAAUGGGGGGGAGGGACAGAGAACAGGGGGUGUGGGGGAAUCCUCUGGCUUCACUGGGGUGGAGGGGUGUGAGGAGCUGGCAGUUGUACCAAAGCAUUGGUGACCCUUGGCGCAACAGAGGCUUCUGCAGCAGUCCAACCAACAAGCCUUACAUGCCCCAGCGUUUCCAGCAGAGCAGCUCCUGCUGCCCACCAGUCAUGUCCUUCACGCCAAAGACAGUGAUCUCAAGGGUUGUAUGUUGUUUUGUUAAUUUUUCUUUUCUCAGCCUCUGGGAUGAAGUUCUUCCACGGUCUGACUAUCUCUUGGGUGGCCCAGGGUAGGGGAGGGAGAACAGCUUUGUAUAUUGGUAGUUUGUUUUAGAACCAGCCAUAUUUUUACACACAGAAAUGUGUACGAUUAAUUAUCAUUAUUAUUAUUAUUAGAUAUAAUUGAAAUCCUUUGGUUGUUGGAAAGCCUUUUUUAUAUAUAUAUCAAGUACCACAGAUAAGGAAGGGGUGGGGAAGGGAAAGCAGUACAUUUUUAAACUUAAGCAUAAAAUUAAUAUUAUUAAUAUAAUGACAAAGUAAUAAUAAUAAUGAUAAUAAUAAGCUAAGUUUUUGUCAUUUUUAUGAGAACCAUGCUUUCAGAAACACAGCAGGACAGUGUCUGAUUGUAAAUUUUUUUAAAAAAAUAAAAGCACAAUUACUUUUAAAUAAAUUUCUACCUUUUUUCAUACAUGUUGAUUUUGUACAUGUCCAGGGUAUAUUUACUUACGUGGGGAAGUAAAAGGAAGGCUGAAAAUGAUCAGGCUGCUGAGUCCAUACUGAAAACUGUUCCUUUUGUUAGUGAUUGGCUGUAAGUAUUCUUCUGGGUUUGUUACAGUGAAAGGCCUCUAAGGAUUUGAUUUCUUUUAGAACAUACUUCUUUUUUUUUCCUGCCCAAAAGCUUUUACAUGUUUUUCUCAGUGUUACUGACCAACACUCGCUCCAUCUAGGUGGGAAGAACUAACAAAAGAAAGCAAGGAAAGUACAGAGUUGUUAGGUACCACCGGUGACUUUGAACACUUGUGUAAAUAAAGGGCUCUCUUUUUGUAUGAAUGAAACCUCUGUGUAGUUACUCUGUAUCAUGCUCUUCAGUUGGAGACAAUAAAAGAUCUUUUGUUUUAA